AUGAAGAGCGACGGGGGCGAGUGGUACCACCCGGCUUCGCUGCAUGACUCCAUCACCAGAAUCCCAGGUAAGGACAUGGUUGAUGGGUUCUGGAUCAGAAACGGUACGGCAGAGACGAACUGUUUCGACUACGAAUGGUGUGAGCCUUACACAGAGUUUCUUGCUGCUGUAGUGCGAGAGGCACCGGCUGUUGUGCCUAGUGUGCAAAUUGCUGCGACUGGAGUGGUGUCGCCACGAACCUGGGUUCCCUGGGAGAGGCUCCAAGCCGCGAAAGACAAGUGCGCUGCUGCGAUUACAGACAGCGCUAAACAUUCCGCCGUCGAGUGGGUUUCUGUCCAAGCAGCAUGUGCUCCGACGUCAGCCCUCCGCCGUGGCCUAGCUCUACGGAAUAUUAACCACAUGACAAGUGACGGGGUCUUUGUGCAGGAUUAUGAUCUCUCAAAAAUGCCUUGCCAUCAGCCAGAACUGCUGAAGCUGCACGGAAGUUUCGUAGCUCCCCGCGAGCAAUUGUAUUCGACUGAUCUACUUCCAUUGUUUUCCGAACAGAGCACUGCCCACCUCGAACAUGUCAUUCGAACCCCAGCUGCUCUGGAUUGGGUGGAAGAUUGGAAAUAUCAUUCUGAAGAAGACACAGAACAUUCCCAAUGGUCGUCGAAGUUGGACAAAGCCGUUUGGCGAGGAUCCAAUACCGGAUCCCGUGUGACGGCCGCUAACUGGAAAAAGAACCACCGGCACCGGUUGGUAGCUAUGACGAGCGCUCACAAUAUCGAGAAAGCGGCACAGAGCGGCAACUGCUCAUGGGCGAUGCCAAGUCGCAUGUGCGAACGAUUACAAAACCGAAUGAACGGGGCAGCGCUCCUUGAAUUUUGCCGUAAUCAUGUGGAUAUUGGCUUUUCCGUGUCGAACGUUUGCGAAGACCCGGAUGAGGAAUAUCCCAAACUCACAGAAGAUGAGAUUGAACUCGCAACAACGAUGAACUGCUCUUAUCUCGAAGUUGAUUACGAGUAUGCUGGCUUUAUUCCCCUCAGUCAGUGUCUCCAAUACAAGUUCUUAGUCGAUGUAGAUGGUUAUGGCUUCAGCGGAACCUGUCAUCUUAAUGAACCCGCAUUGCCCGAGCAGAGGCAGAGUUGUAUUACGCCCCACGAUGAUGAGGCUAAGCGGAUUGGGCUUUCUGGUGCAGAAUGGGCCGCAAGAGUUUUGCGGAAGGAAGACAUGAUCCUUUACAUGGUGAGACUACUUCUCGAGUAUAAACGGCUCACCCAGGACAAUCGUGAGGGCCUUAGAGACUCCUAG